GUCCUUGGAUACGGGAUUUCUCCUCUUAGCUUGUUUCGCUAAGAAGAUUGGACUCCGUCUUUGCUCGCUUGGCUGAUGUUUUGUCGGUGUAGGCUCACAGAAGUUGCCUCUUAGUAUAACUGAUAGGAGUGGGACAGCAUGAGCGGUAUCGACUACAGCGUGUGGGACCACAUCUACGUGUCAGACGAUGAAGAUGUCACGUGCCCGUUCGUGGACACUCCGAGCUUGUUCAGAAUGAGACACCGGAGCCGGCUGGAGAAAAUGGUAGAGUUUCAGCAGAGAGGGGAAGACCUGGAAACCAGCUUUGCAGAAUGCAGGAGGCUAUUAGAGGAAGCCCAGGGACGACUUGCAUACCUAGAAGAAAGAAUGAGGGAAGGAGGUGAGGAUAAGGAGAGGGAGGCUGAGCUGAAAAAAGUCCAGACAGAAAUAAAGAAACUGAAACAGGAUGAGAAGUCCUUUGAGAAAUUGCUAGAAGAACACCAAAAAGAAGAGAAGAAGCUGCCCUGGAAUGUAGACACUAUCAGCAAGGAUGGUUUCAGCAAGAGUGUGCUGAACUUUAAGCCUUUAUCAAAGGAGGAAACUGGGGAGGAAAAGGUGGGGAACCACAAGAACUUUCUGAGGAAGUAUGGGAAAGAAAUCAAACUCUUUGGGAUGCUGCGGCGCUGGGAUGACAGUCAGCAGUAUCUGUCAGACCACCCGCACCUGGUGUGCGAAGAGACUGCUAAUUACCUUGCUGUCAUCUGUAUCGAGUAUGAGAUAGAUGAGAAACACGCCCUGAUGGAGCAGGUGGCCCACCAAGCCAUCGUCAUGCAGUUCAUCUUGGAUUUGGCUCGGACGCUGAAAGUUGACCCAAGAGGCUGCUUCAGACAGUUCUUCUCAAAGAUCAAGACUCUAGAUAAGUCGUACCAAGAUGCAUUUGAGCAUGAGCUGGAGAUGCUAAAGGAGCGGGUCCGCAGUUCUGCACAGACUCAUAUGGAGAAUGCUGUGAAAGAGUUGGAGGAGGAGGAAAUACAGAAGAGACUGGGCCCAGGUUGUUUGGACCCUGUAGAGGUCUAUGAAUCGCUACCAAAGGAGGUAAAGAGGAGCUUUCAUGAGAAGAACAUUCAGAUGCUGCAAGAAGCUAUGAGCAAGCUGGACCCUGAGGAAGGAAAAUACCACCUGAAGAGGUGUAUUGACUCUGGAUUGUGGGUCCCUGAUUCCAGAGGGGAUGAGGAUGGGGAGGAAGAUGGGGACCAGGAAGAGGAUUAAUAAUACUUUAUUAUAAACCUAGUCAGUGUACCGACUGUGUGUUGUUAUAUAAGUGUUGUUUCUGGCUGCUUAGUUUUUAAAUGUCUCCAUGUUAAACUAAAUCUAGUCAAUUAACUGCAUAUACAUAUACUGUGAAAUGUGCAUUGUAUAUUUUUUAAUAAAGGAGUAUUUGAAGGUUAGUUUUAAAGAAGUAUUUUUAUGAAUCAGUUCUUAUUAUUGUUACUGACAGUAUUGACAGAUUUAUCCCUGCUGUUAAUCAUCUUUAAAAAGCCAGUUCUCUCAAACAUGUUAAUACAAUCUAUGUUUUGAAACUCUAUAGUUACUCAGGAUGUACUUUUAGUUUCACAGUUGUAGCUGGGUCACGUUUCUCUGCAGCUUAUAAAAACACUCUUCUCUCUCAGUAUGAACGCUUCAUGUCACCGUCCAUGUCAGGCGUAAAGAGCAGUUUUUUCUGCUUGGUUGUGUCUGUUGUCCCAUUGUGGUCAACAGCGCCACCUAAAGUCGUAUUUGGGGAAAGAUGGCCGAGGCUGUGUGGUCGACAGCUUUUUUGUGAUUGUUGAAUCUUAAGUUCAUUAAAGAUGUAACUGUUAAAUAAUAUAUCAACAGAG